CUUGCGUGUGUCAAACUCCAGGGAUGUGAAGGUGGAGCCGCAGUUUUCCGGAAGAGCCGUGCCUGGGAUUGUACCGAGCGGCUGGCACCGGUCUCCCUUCGUGUUUAUCCGGUGCUCUGUGGCGGACGGCAAAGGAAACUUUCAUUGACCACCAGUCCAGCGGGCGUUGCUGAUCAGCAGCAUGGGUAACAGUGCAUUGAAAGCCCACCUAGAAACGGCCCAGAAGACCGGCGUGUUCCAGCUGACUGACAAGGGAUUGGUGGAGUUCCCGGAGGAGCUGCAAAGAUUUUCGGCCAACCUGCGAACAAUCAACCUGUCCAGCAACAAGAUAGAAGUUCUGCCUCCGUCUGUAGGGAAGUUCGGAGUGUUGAAGAGUUUGUCGCUGAACCACAACAGACUAAGCAGACUUCCCGAUGAUCUGUGCAAAUUAAAAAAACUAGAGACCCUGCACCUGGCCGCCAACCAGAUUACCCGUCUUCCCGCUGACUUUGGUCAGCUCUCUACGUUGAAGACUCUAAACCUUUCUGGUAACCAGCUGCGUGCAAUGCCCACCCAGCUCUGCAGCUUACGGCACCUGGAUGUGGUGGACCUGUCAAAAAAUAAAAUCCAGGCUAUUCCAGAUGAGGUUUCCGGGGUGCAGGCCAUAGAGAUAAACUUAAACCAGAACCAGAUAUCCCAGAUAUCGGUGCAGGUCUCGCAAUGUCCUCGUCUCAAGGUCCUUCGACUUGAAGAGAACUGCCUGGAGCUCAAUAUGUUGCCUCCAAGCAUUCUGAGUGACUCGCAGAUCUCCUUGUUGGCUGUAGAAGGGAAUCUUUUUGAAAUAAAGAAUCUCCGGGACUUGGAUGGGUAUGACAAGUACAUGGAGCGGUUCACGGCCACCCGGAAGAAGUUUGUGUGAUGAGCAGCAUUUAUUGAAGCAUUAGUUGCGGCAACUUCCUCGCCCGUUUGUCGGGGUGAGCACUGAAUAUAGGGCCUGUGUCCGGGCCUCACAGCUUCUUACAUCAGCUAUAGAGAACUCCCACCCAGUAACAGCAUGGGCAGAUGGGAGCCAUUGAUGACUACGUGCGGACUGGAACUACCGGCAGGGACACUGAUUGCGGUACAGCCGGGAUGCAGAAUUCUUGAGUUUAUACUGUUACUGCAUUGGGCGGGCGUCACCCUCCCCCAAGUGACUUAAAGUGGAAGCAGGCCCACCCUAUGGAUAGAAAUGCAAUUAGCUACAGCUGACUCAACUUACUACGUGUGAUUUUCAUUUCAGAGAUUGACUUUUGCAUUUUAUCAGAUUGUAAUCGAAUACUAAAAUCUUUUACUAAAUGUACACUUCUUUUUUUAGCAACGUCUCAUGUCAAAUAUAACAGUGUUCAACAUUAGACUUUUAUGGACAGACUUUCAUGUAAAAGGGUGAUGGGGGGGGCGCCCUCCCGAGCAGCAUACGGGGUACAUGUAGCAUUGCGCUCAAAGGGGGAGAUUUAUCAAAAGUGGUGUAAAGGAAAAAGUGCCUCAGGGAGAGUUCGCAUCACCGUUAUUUUUCUGAUCCAUCUGAAGAACAGAAAAAUAAUUAAAAAAACAACAACACAGAUCCUGUGUGAGUAAAUGCACAUUUGGCAUCAGUUUGAGCCAUUUUCAUCCAAGGUUUUUUUUU